AAUGGAGAAGUAGACUACCAGGUGCUUUGAAACAAUUUAUUAUAAAUGUGCUUAUUGGUUUGCUUACUUUUGGGGGGGGGGCACAGUCUUCAUAAGGAGCUUUGCGUGUGUGGAUGUUCUUAUGAUAAUGUCCUUCUUUGUUGCCUUUGAGCAGAGGAUGACAACACACAAGAGCCACCUGCCCAACAGCAUUCAAGAACAAGAGUCUGCCACUACUUCAAGCAGUGAUUGCCUGCAUAAUGAUGAGGACUUGGGAGCUGAACAGGAAAAUGGCAUUUGUGACAAUGAUAUGGGUAAUAGUAUCGGAGUUCCCAACUCUGACUGCCAGGCUUCCACUUCCAUGGCUGUUCCUUUGGAGGUGCCCAGAAGAGGACAUCCCCUUUUACAGAUCAACAGGCAGCAGAUUCAGUCUGUCUCAUGUAGUGCACAUGCUGCUGAGCUCAAAGAUUUAGGAGUUGAUGUCUAUGACCAGGAUGUGUUGGAGCAAGGAGUUCUUCAGCAAGUAGAUAAUGCAAUUAAUGAAGCGACUAAAGCAGCAAAAAUAGCUAAUGCAUCAAAAGAGUAUGAGUCAGUGCUGGAGGAUUUAAGAUCAUGUACAACAUCUCUGAGACAUAUAAAUAAAAUUAUUGAGGAACUUUCACCUCAGGCUGCUGACAACAAAAAUAUUAACAGAAAACUAGAUUCUGUAAAACGGCAAAAAUAUAACAAGGAGCAACAGCUGAAGAAGAUAAAAGCAAAACAAAAACGUCUCCAAGGAAUACUUGGUUUAACAGACUUUGCAGAUGAAGCAAAUGAGUUUGAAUAUGAGAAAGAUGAAGAACCUGGUCCAUCAUCCCUUGGCAGUAUGCUUAUGCCUGCUCAGGAAACAGAGUGGGCAGAGCUCAUCCGAACUGGUCAGAUGACUCCAUUUGGAACUAAAAUACCUCAGAAGCCAGAGAAGAAGGCACGACAGUUAAGGCUAAAUGAAGCAUCUGAUUUUGAGAAGUACUUAGCAGACCAGGCUAAAUUGUCAUCUGAAAGAAAGAAGUUAUCCCGUCACAAAGGAGUGAAGAAGAAGGCGCAAGCCAAAAGUGUUCAGCCUGUGGCUCCUGCAGCUGCCACAAAGGAAAAAAGUGGUAAGGCCCUCUCAAAAACAGAUAAGCGUUUAAAAAAACACUUGAGAGAUCUUCAGAAGCAUGCCCUUCAGAUUCAUUCAAAGGCCAGGAUUCCAAAGGAACAGAAAUAUCUUGAGGCCAAGAAGUGCAGGCAUGAACAAGAGGAUGAUAGUGGGGAGUCUGAGUAUGUACCUGAUGAGGAGCUCUUUGAUCCAGAGGCAGCAGAAGAGGAAGAAGAACAGGCAUCUUCACUUGCUGAGAAUGAUUCUGAUUAUGAACUGAAGAGUUUAUCAAGAAAAAGAAAACAUUUGGUGAAUAAGGGUUUUAAGGAAGCUGAAAAUGAUGAUGACUUUGUUCCAAGCUCUGAGGAAGAAGAGCAUACACCAGGGAAACACAAAGUGAGACGAUGGAGAGAUGAUGGAGAUGUGGACUAUUAUAAACAGAGACUAAGGAAGUGGCAAAAAGAACGUUUGAAGGAUAAAGAACAUCAAACAGCUGAGGAACUUUCUGAAGAAAGUGAUGUUGAAUUUGAAGAGGGUUUCAAAGUACCCGGAUUUCUCUUCAAAAAGCUUUUUAAGUACCAGCAGACAGGUGUUAGGUGGCUUUGGGAAUUGCACUGCCAGCAGGCAGGAGGAAUUCUGGGAGAUGAGAUGGGAUUGGGCAAGACCAUUCAGAUAAUUGCCUUCUUGGCAGGUCUGAGCUACAGCAAUAUGAGGACUCGUGGUUCAAAUUACAGGUAUCAGGGAUUGGGUCCAACAGUGAUUGUUUGUCCAGCUACUGUGUUGCAUCAGUGGGUAAAAGAAUUCCAUACUUGGUGGCCUCCAUUUAGAGUUGCUGUGCUUCAUGAAACUGGCUCUUAUACAAAGAGUAAGGUGAAACUAAUUCAUGAAAUUGCUUCAUGCCAUGGAAUUUUAAUUACAUCUUACUCGUACAUCCGUCUGAUGCAGGACGACAUCCACACGUAUGAUUGGCAUUAUGUCAUUCUGGAUGAGGGUCACAAAAUCCGAAAUCCAAAUGCUGCAGUCACACUUGCAUGCAAGCAGUUCCGUACACCCCAUCGAAUCAUCUUGUCUGGCUCCCCUAUGCAAAAUAACCUAAAGGAGCUCUGGUCCCUCUUUGACUUUAUAUUCCCAGGAAAAUUGGGAACACUCCCUGUGUUCAUGGAGCAGUUUUCUGUCCCCAUAACCAUGGGAGGAUACUGCAAUGCCUCUCCUGUCCAGGUAAAAACUGCAUACAAAUGUGCCUGUGUGUUACGGGACACCAUAAACCCCUACUUGCUACGAAGAAUGAAGGCUGAUGUAAAAAUGAGCCUUUCACUUCCAGAUAAAAAUGAACAGGUCCUCUUUUGCCGUUUGACAGAGGAGCAGCGUCAAAUCUAUCAAAAUUACAUCAACUCUAAAGAAGUUUACCAGAUUCUCAAUGGAGACAUGCAGAUUCUCUUAGGACUAUCAACUUUGAGAAAGAUUUGCAAUCACCCUGACUUCGUUGCUGAUAGUCCCAGAAUUUUAAAGAGUGUGCCAAAUGCUGAAGCGGAGGAUCCAAAUCAGUUUGGAUAUUGGAAACGUUCUGGAAAAAUGAUAGUGGUAGAAUCCCUGCUGAAAAUAUGGCACAAGCAAGGUCACAGAGUGCUGUUUUUCACUCAGUCGAGACAGAUGAUGCAGAUACUUGAAGUCUUUGUGAGAUACAGAAACUAUUCCUACCUCAGGAUGGAUGGCACCACAGCAGUAGCUUCCAGACAGCCUCUUGUAACAAAAUACAAUGAGGACAAAUCCAUAUUUCUUUUUCUUCUAACAACUCGUGUUGGUGGCAUUGGAGUUAACUUGGUUGGUGCUGACCGGGUUAUUAUUUAUGAUCCUGACUGGAAUCCCAGUGUAGACACACAGGCUCGGGAACGUGCUUGGAGAAUAGGCCAGAAGAAAGAGGUGACUGUGUAUAGGCUGCUCACUGCAGGGACUAUAGAGGAGAAGAUAUACCACAGGCAAAUCUUCAAACAAUUUUUAACAAACAGAGUGCUGAAAGACCCUAAGCAGAAUCGCUUCUUCAAAUCCAAUGACCUUUAUGAACUAUUUACUCUGAACAGCCCAGAUGUGUCUCAGGGGACGGAAACAAGUGCAAUUUUUGCAGGUACUGGUUCAGAUGUUCAAGUCCCAAAGCCACCUGCUAAUGGCACUUCUAAAUGUGAUGUCCAUGUUGCAGAAAGCAGCUCACACAAGAAGAAGAAAUCCUUCAAUUCCUGUUCCACCACACACAUGAAAGAUUCUUCUUCUAAAGCAAUAGAGACGAGUGAGGAAACCAAGGGAACUUUGGAAGCCUUUGACCAAAAUAGCUACGGAAAAGAUAAUGCACAAGCUGCUGCUGAUACAAGUUCAUUCAAUAAAAGCAAGGAGGAAUGCUUGGAAAGUGAUGACAAAUGCAUGUCCCAGUCGGUGCCAUGCAGUGCAGGGUCUGCAGCAAAUGCAGAAGGUCUGAUUGCCGUGGUGGCUGGUGAGGGACAUGGAGCGACUAAUGCAGAUGUCAGGACAGAUCUUAGCCUCACUUGUGAUGCACCUAUCUCUUGGGAAAAGCAAGAUGCUAAAACUGAAGAUGAGCAGUUUGAUAGUAAUCACUUGAAGUGUAUCUCAAAAACAAAGCACAAGGUGGAUACGCUGUCACAUGAGAGCCACAGAGAUAAGUCUAAGAAGAAACAUCACAAAGAUGCCAGAUUUGAAGGAAAACGCAUUCCUCAUCUAGUGAAACAAAAGCAAUACAGAAGGGAGAACAGUGAAGAGCAAGACUCAAAGAAAAAUGAUGACUAUGUCUUGCAGAAACUUUUCAAAAAAUCAGGGGUACACAGUGUUAUGAAGCAUGAUGCCAUUAUGGAUGCUUCCAGUGCAGAUCAUGUGCUGGAGGAAGCAGAAGCAAGCAGAGUGGCCCAGGAUGCCUUGAGAGCCCUAAGACACUCUCGUCAGCAAUGUUUAGGAGCUGCUUCUGGUGUGCCAACCUGGACAGGCACAAGUGGUCUUUCAGGUGCACCAUCAGGAAUAAAGAGUCGGUUUGGUCAAAAAAGAAACUCCAUGCUGCUUUCUUCACAUUCCAGUUGUGCAUCACCUGCAAAGAAGCACAAGGAUGGAGAUACAAUAAAGAAACAAAAUAUAAGGAAGUGUAGUUCCAGUGAGCACUUCAAUGGAAAAUCUGGAGAAUCAUCAUCCAGUGCUCUGGACUCUUCAUCUUUAUUAGCUCGUAUGAGGGCAAGAAACCACUUUGUUUUACCGCAACAGACAAGGAGUGAGGGUGAUGAGAAUGAUCAGCCAGCACCUGCCCCAGUCCAGGGCUCGACAGAAUACGAUGAGCUGCUGGUGGAUCUGCGGAACUUCCUGGCGUUCCAGGCCCGCGAGGACGGCGAGGCCAGCACUCGGGAGCUGCUGCAGGAGUUUGAGUCCAAGCUGCCUGCAGAGCACUCCUGUGUCUUUAGAGAACUGCUCCGCAAUAUCUGCACCUUCCACAGGAGCCCAAACGGGGAAGGAGUCUGGAGGCUAAAGCCAGAAUUCCGAUGACCCUUGAUCAGUGAAGGCACCUCUGUGUCUAGCUGACCACCCUUCUCCUCUCAAAGGAGGAACACUGUGUGACUUUGAACAGUUUGAAGUAUUUCGUAUUCCUGAAUUAAUUAAUGCCUUGAACAGUCAGUGGUGCAGGACUUGUUGCAGGCUUAAAGCUAACUUAAUUUGUGAUUUACACUAUUUAUAUAAAAGUGCCAUCUACCUCACAGAUGAAACAAUACAAACUGUCAGCACCUUUUCUUCAAAAGAAAUCUUAAUGUAAAUGGGGUGAAGAACAUAUACUGACCUUUUAUUACAGUAAGAACCAUGGAUAUUGCCAUGGGUUGUAAGACUUUGAUUUCUGUGAAAUUGCAGAAAACUACUUCCUUGAUUUCCUGUUCAUUACUUGAAUGGUCAUAGGGUACACAGUGUGCCAUCAAAAAAAGAAAAAGGGGCGGAGGGGAGAUGAUUGUAGUUAGCAUGAGAGAUUUACUGGUACUGACAAGUGCAUCAGAAUCAUUUUCUGUAAUUUGCAUCAGCAGUGAGAAUUUUGUUGUAAUCUUUAACUUGGGAAAGAGUUCUAAUACCAUGAAGGUUCAACUACAAAAAAUGGAAAGUGUAGCAGGAUACUGAGUUUACUGACAACUGAAAAUUACGGAAAACUUGCUAAAUUACAGAGCACCCAUUAACACCAUAAUCAGCAAUCCAGUUACAAUGUCAUACGCCACUGGAAGUGCUUGCUCUACAGUAUUUCUUAAAACUGAGGCAACAAUAACUGUUACAGGUUUGUCACAGGUUGUGGACAUAAAAUUGAAAUCUCACUAAAUGUUCAUAUGUUUCACUGUGAUUUAUGACCAGUUACCUCCUACCACUUAAAAUUUUAUACCUUGAUAAAGACUGGGGUGUUAGCUGGUCAGAGGGGAAAGGGUGUCACUGUAUUUUUCUCACCAUAAUGAUUUUUGGGCAUAGUUGGAGCAUAUAUCGAAGUUACAUGUCAUUCAUCUUCUAUAGGUUGGGAAAACUCAAAGUUUCUUGACAGUUGGCUAAGUUCUAAUAGCAGUUAUUUGUAGCAAAUCCAAAUACAACAUUGGGUCUGUCUACAAGGUCCUAGUGUGCUGCACAAGGAAAUUUUAAGGUGGAAAAUAUGGACAUAUUUUGAGAAGAAAACCACAUUGUUGUAGCAGCAUUAAAUUACUGUAUGGUUUAAGCUAGGAAUAAUUAUGUAUGCCUAAUGUCCUUCCUAUCCCUAUGGAAAGCUGAGCUAGUUUUAGCUUUUUUGUUCACUGUGAAAUUAUCUUGUUUACCUUAAGUGGAAGUACAAAUAUUAAAAGAUGAAUGGUGGAACAAUAAUACAGACUUACUUUUUGUAAAAAAAAAAAAAAUGUUUAGAGACUUCCAAUGGCUGUUCCUCUUGUUUUUUGCUCAGUGAUAGAGGUUCUGUAGAGAUUUGCCAGAAGUGGUGCUUCUUGGCUUUUCAGAGGCUGGAAUUAGGCAGGGCAGACAAUUCAAAAAUCUUUAUUUUCCUACUAGCAUUUGAAGAUGGGACUUCUCCUAACAUCUUUCUGUGAUCCCAUUUAUAUUCACUUACAUUCCCUCUUUCAAAAAAUGGUGAAACAAGGAACUUGGGCUGCAACUGCCCAAGUUGGCUUGAAGUGGGUCAGAAAAAAAGUAAAAACAAACCAAUUUUCUUUUUCCUUCAGAUCUGUAUGGAAUAUGGAUUGGUUUGUGUGUCAUGUUCUCAUGCAUCUCUACUUAUCCCAGCAACAAACCAGGAAUUCAGCAGUCAGCAAAGCUGCUGUUGUCACCUUAGCUGUUAGUUUUGGUGUCCUGUUUUAUUUAAACUCACAAUUUUAAAAACAUUGUUUCUGUAUACUAUGGAAAGUUUGCAGCUUCUUGAUCUGUUAAUGUAAAUAGACUUGCAUGUACUUUUUAUAAAUUCUUGGCUUUUAUGGACUUAUUAAAAAAAAAGAAAAACAAAA